AUGUCGUCUGAAGGUCUAAGCGCAGUUUCCGAAUCAUUCAGAGUCAUCUCAUCCUUUGGACCAAAUCAUCGCUCUCCUUCACAUUCUACAAAGACUCUCAUGCUUUUACAACGGCUGUUUGUCCCACCAUCGCACGGAGAUAAGUGGACAGUGUAUACAACGCCUGAGUGGGAGAUGCGGGAUAACACGGCGCCUCUAACGCUCUGGAAUACAGUCCGCGAGGCCAUCGAGCAGUUCGUUUCCGAUGAGAGUGUCAGUCUGUGGAAACGCCAAGCCUUACUGGGGUACAUGGACGCGUAUGCGUAUGCAGCCGUAACCGGUUCUGACGAGGACUGGAAGGAUGUCACAUCCGCCUUAGAGGCAAUUCUUGAUAGUGUUGGCAGAGGGAAAAAGGCCGACAGCGUGCUAGAAGAGGCGAGUAGUUCUGCUCUUCGUUUGACUCGGAAAGUUGCGAAUGCGUCCGGAUUACAAGAGUACCUCCAACUUCUGCUGGAUGCCCAUUCGGGGAUUGACAGUGAUGACAAACCCUUCAUCCACGCACAAAUUUGUGGGUUAGUUGCUGAGACAGGACGCCUCAUCGCAUCUCGUAAGUCUCGUUUCCCGUAUCAUUGA